AUGCCACGAUCGAAGACUUUCGUCGCGAUCUUGCUAGCCUUGAGCUUUCUCUUUAGUGAAGCUCAAGGAUUUCUCGGAUUCCAUCAACAAAGACAAGUCAUCGGUUAUACAACAGUUCCCGAAGAAAUGGCUAAGCGUAUCAAUGAAAAACAUAAGCCAUAUAUAGUGGAAUCCAAUUACCAUCCUCCAUUAGGACCUGGCUUUUAUAUGGUGAAUGACCCUCAUAGCUGGGAGGGCGGUAAAGGGAGUUGGUAUUGUGCUACCGUAGCGAAGAAGAAGCAGAUGGAACGUAUCAGCAAAGUCUUCAUCCCGAAACUUUAUCAAAAAUUGGAUUGGGAUGGUGGUAAGCGACAAAACUUAUGGGGCGGAGACGAAGAAGUCAUCGAGAAUUAUGUUGUGUCAGAAGCAAUGACAUCAGACACAGCAUUGCGCUUCUCAUUGGUUUUGGGUAGAAGAUCGCAGUUGCAGAUGGCUAUUCCCGCGAAAGUGUUAAAUGACGGUGAAUUGAAGUUAUGGACAGAGUGCUUCGAAACAAGAAAGGAGCUGCUAGCAAAAUAUAUGGACAUUGAUUGGAUUUGGAAAGCUUGGAAGAUUAAAGGAGAGGGUUCAAUACCAGGCCUUAGUCCCAGUGGUCGUAGUAGGAUUGCGUGGUGGUGA